AUGGGGGUCGACUACCUGCAACCCGGCCAACAGCGACGCAUCAACUACCACCCGCCAAUGCGCGCAACGCUCGCAACCCCGAUCUUCAUCCUCGCCGGUGCGCUGUUCAUCCUCUUCAUCAGCCGCAGCUUCACCCGCUGGCAACACCGGCGCCGACUGCAGCAAAUCCUGCAAACCAACCAACAAGCCCGCUUCACCCGCACCAGCGUCCUCUCCGCCACGCUCAACAAGCAUGUCUUCUACGCCCCGCUGCUCUCCCGCCGCCACAGCCGCUACUUCCAGCUCGGGAAUGGCGUCCACAUGGGGGUCAUCCCGCUGCGCAUCGAGGCGAUCCUCCUAGGCAUAUACAUCGCCCUCAACGCCGUGUUCCUGUUCGUCCUGGUCGACUGGCGGAAGGACUGGGAUGAGGUUGUUUUCCAGUUCCAGUAUUCGGCGGGCAGCAUGGCGGUGCUGAAUCUGCCCGGGUUGGUGUUGGCCGCCGGCAGGAAUAAUCCCCUGGUGGGGCUGUUGGGGAUUAAGUUCGAUUCGUUCAAUCUUAUGCAUCGGUGGGUGGGGAGGAUGGUUAUCGUGGCGGGGUUGGUGCAUACCAUUGCUGCUGUGGUGAUGAAGCAGAGGGAGGAGGGCGGCCUCGCAGCUGUCACGAAUCUGGUCUUUCAUACCAAGUUCUUUGUUUGUGGUCUCGUGGCCAUCUUCGCCUUCGCGACCAUCCUCCUGCAGUCCGUGUCCCCGAUUCGACACGCCUUCUACGAGGCUUUUCUGCAUACGCAUAUCCUGCUCGCCGUCAUGGCUUUUGUUGGACUGUGGUAUCAUCUCGAGGGCAUGUCGCAGCAGUAUGCCCUGCUCGUUACCCUUGUUCUGUGGGGGUCUGAUCGCAUCGCCCGCAUCGCCAGCAUCAUCUGGCGCAACCUCGGCAAGCAGCGCACAACCGCUACCGUCGAGCUCCUCCCAGGCGACGUCGCCCGCGUCAACGUCUCCCUGGCCCGGCCCUGGUCCUUCAAGCCCGGCCAGUACAUGUACCUGUACCUCCCCUCGCUGGGCCUGUGGACCUCCCACCCCUUCUCCGUCGCUUGGACGGCCGCCGACCCCGACGUCAUCACCGAGAAACGCACCUCCAGUGACUCGAUCAAUCGGAUCCUGGGCGGGCCGCAGCAGACCACCAUGUCGUUUCUGAUUAAGCGGCGGGAUGGGUUUACGAGUCGUCUGCUGCAGAAGGUUUGUAGGGCGGAGGAGAGGAGAUUCUCUGCGACUGCGUUGGCGGAGGGGCCUUUUGUUGUGCCCUACAUCCACUUCUACGGCUACUUCUGCGGCCUCCACCCCCUAACAUCCUACGGCUCGGUGCUCCUGAUCGCCGGCGGCAUCGGAAUCACGCACCCGAUGUCAUAUCUCCAUGAAUUCGUCAACGGCUUCGCCUCGGGCACGAUGGCCGUGCGGCGCGUCACCCUCGUCUGGGUCGUGCGCAGCCUCGACCACCUCUCCUGGAUCCACCCCUGGAUGACAACCCUACUCGCCCACCCAACGCUCCAAGCACCCCACAUCCCCAAACAAGACACCUCCCCUUCCUCCUUCGCCUCUCCGGAACCCGAAUUCUCCCUCUCCAUCCAAAUCUACCUCACCACCCCCUCCUCCAGCCCGGAGGACUUUUUCUCGUCCUCGUUGUUGUCGUCCUCCUCUGCCUCCUCCUCGUCGGAUACUGAGCGUGCAGCAGACUCCACGAAACCCUGGUCCCUCGUCGCCCCGCCCUCUGUCCCUGUCGACACGCACUUCGGGAAGCCCUGCUGGACGGAUAUCCUGGAGACGGAGAUGGGGAGGCAGGUCGGUGCCCUGGCCGUGAGUGUUUGUGGGCCCGGUGGGAUGGGGGAUGAUGUCAGGGAUGUGGUUAGGGAGAGGGUCGGUAGGAAGAGGGUGGAUUUUUUGGAGGAGUCGUUUAGUUGGUAG